AUGGUUACACACUUAAAAGAGGAGCAGAAUUUCAAUAGGCCGUUGUGAAUUAAGUCAUAUCAGGAAGAAGGAGGAAAGUUAAGGAUAUGUUCUAGAAACUGAAUAUUCUACUCUAUGCUAGAACAUAGGGGAGAAAUAAAAAGAUAAAAAGUUCGUUUACAUCCUGAUUAUGAAAAGUGUCAAGUGCUAUUUUGAAGGAGUUUGGUUAAUUUAGCUAACAUGGACAUGUUUUAAGCAUGAUCACAAUUAAAUCUAGGAUGUUAAAACUGGAUUGUCCUGAAAUAAUGUCUAAUAUGAGUUGCAUGCAUGAUUCUAAGAUCAAAGACAUUUCAAGUUUAGAUGUUCCAGUCAUACAAACCUGGGAAUACAUUCUGAUUAAAACAAGCAGCAUAUCUGCAAGAGUCUUUAAUACUGGGAUCAUUUGUGGCCCAGAGCAUUUCAACUUGUACAAAAGGUACCAGAGGCAAUAAUACUUCCUAGUUCAUGUUUUCCCCUGAAAGCUCCAGAAAAAAAGUUCUGUAUAUCGUCACUUCUGAUUUCAUAUAAGCAUAGACUGUCAGAGUGAAAAAGGACUUCAACAGUCAUCUAAUGCAACCAUAUGUCUGAGUCUUAAACUAUCCCAUAAUAUUUCUAUUGAAUAACUGUCAAGUGAUUGCCUAAACAAGAAUGACAUAGCUCCCUACUCUCUUGGAUUGUUCUCUUUCUUAUGCAGAUAGUUUUAACUAUUAGAAAGAUGUUCUUCAUUGUAAGUCAAAAUCAAUUUUCCUUUAUCUUGAACCCACUUCCCCUAGUUUUACUCCUAGAAAAAUUUCCAUUACCUUCUAUACCACAACUCACUGAAGGCAGUUUCUAUAUACAAUUCUCACAGUGAAUCACCCACUUGUUCCCUUAAAAUUCCUUCAUCUAACAUGCCUUGGUACCCUGUAUUUAUCCUGAUCAUCCUCCUUUGAUCGAACCUGAUUUACCCAAUGAAUGUCUCUUCAGAAAGCAAAACAGAAAUUAGAAUUUUAGAAAUUGGAGUUUACCAAUCCAAGGCUGACCCCUCCAAAGGCUUAGGUGCCUGUACGCCACAUCUCACUGUGACUCAGCUUCUCUAGAAUGGUCAAUUCCAGAGUCUACUUCAGGUUCUCAUAAACCCUUAGGCCAAAUAAAGUGGCUGACAGCCACUUCUUUCUUUUACCCAAACUUUGAAUUAAUCAUAUGUUUAAUGAUUCCAUGGUAACCACUCUACAGUUACCAUGAACAUGGGUCCAGGAACAACAGAUCUCAAAUUGACUCUGCAGUAGAAGAUAUUUCCAGUAAAGAGAUAUCUAGUAGCUAAAUUUCUUAUUUCUUUCUUUCAUGCAUCCAUGUGUUCAUUUUAAAACCACUUACUGAACCCUUAUUUCAUUUCAUCUUGUCCAACUCUAGGUGUAUCCAAUACAUCCAGAGCAAUGACUGACACAUACUGUGUUUUAAUACACACUUUUGCACUUGUUACUAUCCUUUUAAAAUUACUAGAGCUGCAUUACAAUAGACAAACUCUAGUCUGGGGUGUGAUGAUCAGGGAAAAGCCCUCAUUCAAACAACAUGUGCUAGUCCAGGUGACAUAUAUAAGACAGAAAAUUAAUAGUUGAAGUCGGUGACUUGGCUGACAAUGAUGAUCAGCACAAGAUCUAUUUCAGUAACGAGUGGGAAAAUAAGACAAUGGAAACACAAAGUGUAGACACUAAUUUCCAGAAGUUUCACCAUGAGUAAGAAGGAAGAAAUAAGGUGUGUCUGGGAAAGUGGGAUUGUGACCUUUUUAUUUUAUUUUAGAUUCCUAGGUCACUCCCUGCUUUUCCUUGAAGACUUUAAUCCCUGGCUCACUGCCACCCUCCUCAACACACUGCUGCUGUUAUAGAUCUUGGUGAUUUUAAUUUUGAUACAGACUGAAAUAUUCAAAUAUUCUGCAUUCUCAGAAUUCCUUGAUCCUCAUUGCCCCAUUACCUCUGUCACUCACUCCCAUGGUCAUUACAGGUCAUUGCAUCCCCACUCUCCAAAUUCUGAACCCACAGAAUCCAGAGCAAAAUCAAACGGUUGCUGUUUUAAGGGACUAAGUUUUGAGAUGGUUUGCUAUGCAGAAAUGGGUAACUGAAGCACUGAGACAAUCAUGCUCCCGUUUAUUUCAUCAAAACAGAUGCCAGCGGGGCUUUUUCACAUUACCAAUAAAAAACUGGCUGCUUGAAACUAUUACCUCUCAUGCUACAGAGAGAGAGGGGAAAUCACGGGCCAGAAAGCUUCCAAAGAAAAAAUAUAUUUAGUACAUACACCCCAAAACCAUAAAGAUGAUGUAUUUACCAGGGCUCUUAGAUGCAAAUAACAGAAACUGACUAUGCAUGAUUUAAAUUAAAAGAGAAAAUAUAGAAAUAAUGGUAAUUUUGGUCCUGCAGCUAGAAUCACAGGCCAAAAUCAUAUUACAGUCCAAUAAGGACAUCACUGCCAUUCAGCACUAGAUGGUGCAAUCUACACUGUGAUCACCAUCAGCACAGGCCCUGCUGCUGAGCCUGGAAACUAGGGUGUUGCUGCUUCCUCUGCCACUGACAGAAAAAGAGAAAAAGAAAUUGUCUGCAAACACCACAUCAGUCAGGUGAUGCAGGUUAAUAUCACCAGUGAUAAGUCAUGUUGAUAGUAUGUAGCUUUGAUACAAUGUGACAAAAAUGGCACUCUAUCUCUGUGAACUUCCUCCCCAAAACUUAGAAUCCCAGUCUAAUCAUGAGAAAAAUGUCAGAUAAAUUCCAGUAAAGAGGCAUCCCACAAAAUACUUGACAAGUCCUGCUUCAAACUGUCACGGUCAUCAAAAACAAGGAAAGUCUGAGAAACUGUCACAGCCAAGAAGAGCCCAUGGAGACACAACAAGUAAAUGUAAUGUGGUGUCCUAGAUAGGAUCCUGGGUCAGAAAAGGACAGAAGGGGAAAGACAAACAAAACAAAACAAGGAAAUCUGAAUAAACUAUGCACUUUAGUUAAUAAUAAGGUAUCAAUCUGAUUUUCUUAGUUGUAACAAAUGUACUAUAAUAAUGUAAGAUAUCAAUAAUGCGGAAAACUGUGUGUGGGUAGGUGGCAAUUUGCUGUACUAUCUUCUCAAUUUUUCUGUAAAUAUAAAGCUGCUUUAAAAAAUAGUCUAUUUUUUGAAAAGAAAAGAAACUGUUUGCCGUCCUUGCUUUUUUAUAUCACCAGCUCUUAAUUCAUAAGUCUGGACUGGGUGUAUCUAAUUGAUUGAAUCCAAAUUACAUGCUGUGCCCUAGCUGCAGUGGAGACAAAGAAAGUGAAUUUUGGGUGUAUUUAGCUUCCAUGGAGGGAGGCAGACUCUAACUUCCCCCAAGAGUCACAAAAGACUAUGAACAUAGAAAGGGUAUUCAGAUGAUCAGAAGCCAAAAAUUGACAAAUGUUAUUACACACGGCCCGUGCAACCAAAUCACCCCACCAAGGUCUUCAUUACCCACAAAUUCCAGACUGUCAAGUGUUUCUCACAAUCUAUACAAUGCAGUAUUCUGAUAAAGUGUAGAACACAGAAGGUUGAGUGAAGAGAUACAAUAGCUUAGCAUAGGGAAUGCUUCUACAGGGUGUUAAGACAGUCCUCAUCUGAUCAUGUUUACUAAUAAAUUCUAAUUAUUUAAUUCUCUUACUAAUAUAUUCCCAAAGCCUAGAUUCUCAAUAAAAAUUUGCUGAAUGAAUAUAUAAGUGAUCUAGGAAAUGUGUUGGCUUAAGUCAGAUCAAGUUUUCUCUGUAUUUUUCCUUAAAUAAGUACAGACAGGCUCUAAUUUAGAAAAGCUGCAUUUCAUGAUGAUAGAAAGGAAUGGCAUUUGUAGCCAACAAUUCUGCACAUCUUAAGGAUUUAGUCCCAGGUGGCUUCAGAGUCCUUUACAUUGAAAGUCAUAUAUUGAGAGAAACUUGUGAAAUUGUGCCAUAAAAAUAGCUGGAGCUUCCGUGAGAUGACUGCGACCUGAAAAUGACCCUGUUCAACUAGGAAGAAGUGUCCAGGCUUCAGCAGACCUUUGAAGACACAUAGUCAGAAACCUCAUGCCCACUAGAGGUAUGUUAGGAAGGCUGGUCAUUCUCCCUCCUAGUCUGUGCCUUUUCCAUUUCCCUGCACUCUUAUUUGGCUGGAGAUCAUGUCUGAGCCUGUUUACUGGCAAUAUUUUCAAGUUAAAUUUUUAUUUUUCAGAGCUAGUUAAAUACAACUUUUACAAAGGUCAGCUCCAUCACAAACAAUUCAUGACACACACCAUACCCCCAAUCUUGGAAAAUAUCAUUCCACACUUCUGUCCUACCUUACUAAUGGGCCUCCAAAUCUUGAAGCAUUGAAUGAGAAGCAGUGGGACAAGCAUGAAGUGAUCUGAGCUUGAAGCUUAGCUUUGUCAUCUUUUAGUUUCAACGAACUUGUGGGUGAAAAUCUCUACCUUAUAGUAUUGUGGUCAUGAUUAAGUGAGAUGAUGUUUAUAAUUUGCUUAUGAUAGCACUGAGUACAGAGAAAGUUAGCCAAAACAUCCUAGUUCCCAGGUAUAAAAAAAUCCUUGUUUUACCUGGUCAACUCACGGUCUCGAUUUGAAGCUCCCUACCAAUUUAGGUUCUUCCUCUGGGACUCAGUCUUAGACUCUCUCCUUUGAUUCUCCUCUCUCUCUGCAAUCUCAUCUUCACUCAUAACAUUAAUUAUCAGCUACCCAGAAGUGACACAAAUUGUACGUGUCUCGCUCCAGACACCUCUAAGCCCCAGAUGCCUAUAUCUAACUGCCUAUUUGACAGUGCUUCUCGGAUGCCUCAAAGUAUCUCAUACUCGACAAGUGAACUCAUGAUCUGCAAGAUCUUUACCUCGAUGCAAAACUGAAUGAAUCAGUGAGCCAUUAAAUGAGAGAAAAACAUGUUAAACCAUGGUACACACAAAAUGACAUCUUGUCGAAUGUUUGUCACUGUUUUUUGCUUCCGAGGAAACGUCGGGGAGAGGGAGAAGGAAGGGACGAGAAGUACGUAUGAAAGGUUUUGGCCAGUUUUACCUGACAGCUUCCAGAAAGCAACGAAGUUUGACUUGCACUCCCUCGCCAACGCCAAGAGAGCACAGCAUCCAGACACCGGUGAGCCUAGGAUCCGACGCAAGUCUACGGCGUGGGCGGGGCCUGGGGAAAGGGGCGGGACUGGGCAAAGCAGCAUGGGUCUACUUGACAGACUCCGGCCGCGGGGGCUUUUGGGGGCUUCUUCCAUUGCUGGCGCGCCUGCGUGGGAGUGCUUCGAAGGCGCCUUGGCUUGUGAGGGACAGAGACCGCGGCAGCAGUUCAGGGCCGGGUGUGGCGAGGGUUUCUUAGUUCUGGCGUGAUUACCAGCGCCAGCUCCCUUCACCGGCCAGGAUGGCGAUUUCCGCGCCUAGUCUCUGAACUGGCGCCUGGGCGUGGCUGAACGGAGCCCUGCUGGCAGGUAUCACCCGCGUCAGGCGGGCGGUGAGGACGCGGGCGCGUGGAAUAGGGAAUCCCGCUUGAGGGCGUCCGCGCGGAACACGCCCUUCUCCUCGGCUUGUUUGCAGUUACCCGGAUUCCAGCGCUGCGCUCGGCAGUGUCUGCUGGGAAAGCUGGAGGAGGGCCCGAGCUGACGGAGGGAUGGAGGCGAGGGCUGCGGCAGGAAGUUAGUGCGUAAGAGAGCAGGGAGAAGGGGGUUAGGAGUGGGAUACAGGGCGGCUGGGUCCUAGAUCCAGUCCUAGUAAACCAGGAAUUUAACUUCGCUGCUGUCCCUUCUUCCUUUCUGUAACGGGAGCAAUCUCCACGCGCUGAACCUGUCUCUCAGGUACCUGAACAUUGGCCUUGUGUCUGAAGCUCCUAGAACUUUUCUCUUACUGAGAUCACACUGUUUAUAUAUAGUGCACAAGUGCUUAGCCCAAGCCUGAGAAUUAUUGGAGCCCUUUGAUAAGACAAAUUCAAACUACAGUGGGAGUUCUAUCUAGGAAGAUGCAGCCUCUGGACAAGUUGAUGGCUAUCUCAAAACCUCAAAACCUGGCUCCUCAUGAACAAAGUGAGAUCCUGAGAUCAGAUUUGUCUUGGCAGCAGGAAACCACCCCAGUCAUGGAGACAUAUGACUCUGAAGCCUCUCGUCGAAAGUUCAGGCAUUUCCAGUAUUUUGAGGUGUCUGGGCCACAUGAAGCCUUGAGCCAGCUAUGGGAGCUAGGUCUUCAGUGGCUAAGACCAGAGAUUCAUACAAAGAAGCAGAUCUUAGAGCUGUUGGUGCUGGAGCAGUUCCUGACAAUUCUCCCUGAAGAGGUCAGGACUUGGGUGAACUUACAACAUCCAAAGAACAGCAAAGACGUGGUGACUCUUAUAGAGGAUGUGAUUGAAAUGCUUAAAGACAAAGAUAUGCCUUGCAAGGAUUCUGUCCUGUUCCAGAAGGGGAGCAUCAAGAAGGAGAAGCUGGAAGCUGAUUCACUAACAGGCAAAUCUCAGGAACCGGUGACGUUCAAAGAUGUGGUUGUGGAAUUCAGCGAGGAAGAGUGGGGGCAGCUGGACCCUGCUGUAAAGAACCUGUACAGGGAUGUGAUGCUGGAGAACUAUAGACACCUGAAUUCACUGCGUAAAGACCAUCUACUUUCCAAACCUGUUGAGAUGUCCAAGUUGGAGAGUAAGAAAAAAAGAUGGAUAAUGGAGAGAGAAAUCCCAAGAGCAACCAUUUUUGAUAGAGAGACAAUUUCGGAAAACCAAAAUUCUGUUCCAAAGCAGAGAAUUUCUAGAGAAGAACCAUCCCAUGGAGUGAUUAUGACAAGACUGACCAAAAGUGGACACCCUUCUUUAGAUGGUUGGAGAAGUGACGAUUGGUUAUAUAGGAACCAGGACCACUGGGAUGUAAAUUUACCACGUGAAUCUUUCAUUUACAAAACAACCUACAAUGAGGAGGGAGACUUUGAAUCUAGUGAAAGUAAGAAAAGCUCUGAUGUUCUAUCAGUUAACUCAAUUUUUGAUACGCAACAGGGAAUUCCUAUGAGAAAGGGGCCCCCAAAGUGUGGUAAGUUUAAAACUAACUUCAAAUUUAAUUUAGACUCAGAAGGUAAGCAACAUUUAGAGUAUAAUGAAUCUGAGAAUGCCUUGAGCCUGAGUACAGAUAUUCACCGCCCAAAAGGUCAUACCACAAUGAAUUCCUAUGAAUGCUGUCAGUGUGGGAAAGCCUUCAGCCGGAGUUCAUCCCUUGUUCGACAUCAAAUCAUUCACACUGGAGAGAAACCCUAUAAAUGCUGUGAAUGUGGGAGAUUCUUCAACCGACGUUCAAACCUUACUAAGCAUCAAAAAAUUCAUACUGAAGCAAAGGCCUAUGAAGGCAAUAAAUUUGGAGAAGCCUUUAGUAAGAGUGAAGACAGUAAUAAAAAUCCAAAACUGCAUUCUGGAGAUAAUCCCUAUGAAUGUAACUGUGGAAAAUCCUUCAGCAGGAGCUCCUCACUUAUUCGACAUCAAAUGAUUCAUACAGGAGAAAAACCAUUCAAAUGUAAGGAAUGUGAGAAAACCUUCAAUAGGAGUUCAAACCUUAAAAAACACCAAAAACUUCAUAGUUAUAGGGCAACUCAAGAGAAGUCCUAUAACAGAAAGAAAUUUGGGAUUAGCUUCAGUCGGAGUGCAGAACUCAUUCAGCAUCCAUGAAUUUAUGCUGGAAGGAAUCCUAUGAAUGUAGUAAAUGGAAUAAAAUAUUUGUCAGAGAUUAUUCUUUAAUUGAUAUGACAGAAUUAAUAUUUGAGAGUAAACUGUCGGAGCUUUUCCCAGCUCCCAAGGCCACAAGGGCUUGGAGACAAAUGUAUUACCAAACAAGUGUUUGUCUGUCAUUAUUCUGAUACCCAAUACUGUCAUCUCUCCCUACUUCAUAAAUGGGACCUAUGGUAUACUUAUAUUCACCUGAUCUAUUGAUGAAGUAGAUAUUAAGGAGGAGCCAUGCAAUACCCUUGGAAUUGAUAUUUAACGAAACUCACACUUCAAACUGGCAGUCCUCGUAAGGUCACAAGAAACCAGGAGCUCACAAGAAUAUAGGCUACUGCUAAGGACUGAAUUCUCUCUGAAUUAAUGGCAAAGACCACAGUGACAGCCAAUUAGUCCACUCCUGAUAAUAUCCUUGUUUCUCCUGCUGCUAAGUGGGGACUAGAAUUGGAAGAAGGUUAUCAACUGCAGUGGGAAGUGGGUGUGGUGGUGGUAAUCUACAUGUAUUCCUCAAUAUCUGCAUUUUUUUAAAGUACUCUUUGGGAUCUAGGCUGGAGAGACAUCCAUUGCCUAGGUGUAUCAUUUGUCCCAAACAUUAAAGGAUCAAUAAAGUUUCCUAAAAGUCUGUGCACCAGACCUGCCUCUUGCUACUUCUAAGCUACUUCAGGAUCCCAAAGGGUUCUUGAGCAAAGAUGCUUAUCUUAACUCUGCCCAAAAAGAUUCAUACUGGAGACAUUUCUAGUGAAUGAUGUUGGUGGCUCUUUGUCAGAGCUCAUACCUUAUGCAAAAGCAGAAAAGGUAUACUGGAUUGAACCUCUAUGAUGAGUUGUUAAAUGUGGAAAAUUCUGUGUUCAUUUGUUCAUCCUUUGCAUCACAAGUUGUAUUCUUUAGGUCAAAACCCUAUACAAAUAAUUGUUAUGAAAAUUCGUAUAAACAUAAGGAAACUUGUAGAACAUCCUAACAGGAGAAAAACACUCUGAAUGUAAGAAGUUCUUGACGCAUAUAGUUCAGUCAUUCAUCAAAUGAAUUCUGGCGUUCUCAUUUUAGGUGUUCUGAAUGUAAUAGUUCACGUUUUUAUAUAAGUGAUUUUCUUUUGCAUGGUUGAAAGAUAAAAGUACUCUUUUCAUUUUUUAUCUUUUUUCAACAGCUAGCUAUUUGGGGAAAAGUAAGAUGCUUAUUUUUUUUCUCCUAAGCUUUCUAAAAAAUAAAAAGUUUAUUUUUUGAAACAUAUGUAGCUUCAAAAAAUACGUCUUCAGAGUGCAUUUAAAAUUUAAUUUUUGCAGAAUAUUUACAGCCAAUUAACAUUUUCCCCCAGCCGUUUUCCAUAAACCUACUUAUUUAAUUUGAGUUGUACUGUGUGCAUUCAAGGGUAGAUAUCUAAGCUGAAACAUGAAGAGUGAGUGGAAAUUAGAUUGUGUGUGGUGGAGGGUGAGAAUGUUAGAGGUGAAAAAGGAGAAAUGAGUACAAAGCUACAGAGGAAUGAGGGCAUGAUACCAAGAAACAGAAGUCCACUGGCUGGAAUAUGGCACUGGAAUAGAAUGGAGCAGGAAUACAGAGAGGUGAAGCUAGAGAGAGUCAAAGGCCAGAUCGUGAAAGGCCUUGUAAGCCACCUUUGAAGUCUUGACUUUAUCCUAAAGGUAAUGGCAAAAAAUAAAAUUCUGAUCUCCACAAUUAUUUAGUGCUUUGAAAGUGCUAAUUGAAAUAGAGAAGAAAAAUAAAUGUAAAUUGGAAAGGAGAAAGUCGUUUGCUGAUGAUAUAGUAAACCAUCAGGACAACCUAAGAAAAUUAACGAAAAACUUAGAUUUAAUAAGUGAAUUCAGAUAUACUAGAUAUA